UAUUUAAAUCGGCUCAGAGUUUGGUCACGUGACUGGGGCUCGCGCUCAGAGGGCAGAGUGUAAACGCUGGAGCGGAGUUUGAGUUGAUGAAAAGAUGCUCGGCUGAUUGUAGACUAUUUGGAUUUACAAAAUCCCGAAUGCACCUGCAAAAGAGCAUGCCACAAUGGGCAUCACACUGUCUUCCCUCAGUGUCCAACAGUGCUAGCUGCUACUGUGGCAUCUGCCCUUUCACCUGGUGCCACUGAGAGUCAUGUUGUCUGGCAGCUGGUACCGGAGCAUGUCCAGCCCCACCCACAGCCUUCCAGUGGGCAGGGGCUCAUUGACACCUGGCCUUGUGGUUCUGGAAGCCCAGUAUGACUACUCAUAUCGUGGGGCAGAUGGACGAACUAUCUCCAUACACGACGGUGAGCGCUUUCUUUUGCUGAAAAAGACAAACUCUGACUGGUGGCAGGUGCGGAGGCUUGGAGUUGGGAAGAAAGCCAAGCCAUUGUACGUGCCUGCCACUUAUGUCACCGAGGUGCAUGUCAACACACUGCAUUCUCCUCAGACCAGCAACCAAACAGCCUCACCUCAACACUCCUGGCUGGUGGCUCGCAGCUCGCACAACCCCUGCUCACAGAUACAAUGCUCAGCACCUACUAAAGAAUUCUGUCAUUCCAUGGAGGACCUAAACAGUAACAGUGCUUUUACGAACACGUGCAUAGGAAAAGUGUCACCAGGAAGACAUUUCACCAAAUCGUCCAUCUCUACAACCACCUCAGGUCACCUCAAGGUUCCAGGUUCUUUAAUACCACGCAGCAAGAGCUCCAGUCACCUGCCUCAGAACCCGUAUGGGGAACUGCACAUCACCAGGCCAAGUUCAUCCAGCUCCCCUAAGUCGUUCAGCCAGUGGGAUAUGUCGAGCACCACUUGCAAACAGACAGGUGGAAGCAUCCAGACCUACCGCUCUCAGAGUUCAUUGACAGAUGUGCAGAGGAGGCAGUGGACAGAGGUACCAAGCCCGCUCCCAGGCCAGAAGCCUUUGCAGAUUCUGCAGCUUUGGGAACAGUAUCAAGACUCUGCCUCCGGUCGCUUGUACUACAUAAACAGUGUUACAAAGGAGCGGUCAUGGAAACCGCCACGUAGAGCUCGCCAGGGUGACAACAUACACAAUACGGCCAUUGAUACUCAGUUUAAGACUUCCUCAUGUGACUCAAAUCGCCUGUCAUUUCCCCAGUACAGCUCAGGAAGCAGGCUCUCCACUGACCUGAUCCACAGUACCCAGGAUGCAAAUGCGCAACCGCUGAGUCAGACCAUGCAACGUGCAGCCUCAUCAGACACGAUCAUUUCCUCCUCCUUUACUACUAAUGUGCAGAGCACAGAGGGCACAACGGACAUCACCCAAUCCCGGUCCAUGAUCCGUUUUCCCCAAACAGAAAGAUUCUCUUCAAAUGGCAAAUCAGUGUGCCAAAUGGUGUUGGGGUCAACUAACAGCUCUUCAGACAGUGAUGGACUGACACCGGAGCUUGAAAAAGCAGGUCUGCUCAACAAAACCAAGAUAGCGGAAGGAGGUCGGAAGCUGAGGAAAAACUGGAACCCCUCGUGGGUAGUGUUGGUGGGAAACAGUCUUAUGUUCUUCAAAGAUCCCAAAACCCAAAAUACUGAUAGCUGGAAACCUGGGAACAGCUGUCCAGAGAGCAGUGUGGAUCUAAGAGGAGCUCAGCUGCAGUGGGCCAAUGAGCUGUCCAGUAAGAAGAAUGUCUUCAAGUUGAGGACGGUUACGGGAAAUGAAUUUUUGCUGCAGUCAGACACUGAGUCUGUAAUUAGAGAGUGGUACAGCACAAUACAGAAAGUUAUUGACAAACUUGAUAAGGAGAAUCCUUUGGAUAAUGUAUUGCAGUAUUCUUUGAGGAGAGCAGGCUCCUUGGAGUUGUUGGACCAAAGUGGAGAUGAAGAGGAGAACCGUACAGGACACAAGCCUUCGCUCCCACGCUCCAUCUCCAAUUUGGAGACUUCAGAGCGCAAGCGAGUGAAGAGUCGCUUACGGAAGCUCAUUCUGAGGAGACCACCAAUUCAGGCCUUACAGGAAAAAGGCCUCAUCAAAGACCAGGUAUUCGGCUGUAGUUUAGAGCUGCUGUGUGAGAGGGAAAAGAGCACAGUGCCACGCUUUGUCAGAAACUGUAUCGAAACUGUAGAGAAGAAAGGUUUAGAGACAGAUGGUAUCUACAGAGUCAGUGGAAAUCUGGCUAUAAUCCAGAAACUACGCUUUGCUGUCAAUCAUGAGCGAGCCGUGUCUACGGACGGACGUUAUCUCUUUCCAGAGGAUUUAGUGCCAGUGGAGCAUGUGGACCUGGAAGACCCACAGUGGGAGGACAUCCAUGUGAUCACAGGAGCCCUGAAACUCUUCUUCAGAGAGCUUCCUGAACCACUUGUACCUUUUGGAGUCUUUCAAGACUUUGUCGAUGCUGUUAAGCUGUCAGAUUACAUGGAUAAAGUGGACCGUUUGAAAGUGCUCAUCGUCAGCUUGCCUUCCCCGAACCACAACACCAUGAAGCACAUGUUCCAGCACCUAAAGCGGGUGAUGGAGCACUCAGAUUGUAAUCGCAUGACAAUGCAGAACAUCGGGAUCGUCUUUGGGCCGACUCUGAUGCGUCCGCAGAACGACUGUGCGAACAUGGCCUUUAACAUGGUUUAUCAGAACCAGGCAGUAGAACUCAUCCUCAGUGAAUUUAACCAGAUCUUUGGAUCUGACUCAUCCACAUCUCCCUGACACUGGUGUGGAAGCUGGACAGCAGCAGAACCUGCUCACUGUGAACCAGAGGAAUCUAAAAGGCAUGGAAGGCGAGCUAAAUAUGAUCCAUGCAACUAUUCAUUAAACUGCAUCGCUGCCACAAAUUUCAUCCUAGUGGAUGAUGGAUGAAUGGAUGGAAGUGCUUGAGCAACAAUCAGUCAACUGGCCUUUAGUGGGCACAAAGUCACACAAAAAAACAUGUGUUUUCAAAUUGAAUCAAGAGGCUUAUUUUAUGUUCUUUAGUGUGUGUGUGUCAAUGUGAUGUCUCCUCGCAACUGUUUUUCAUUGUAUUGUUUGUGGCGGCUUUGGGAAAACCUCACAUUUUGCUUUGGCAAAAAAAGACAUUAGCCUCCAUGAACUAAAUUCUAUAAAAGGAGAUCAGCAAUAGUCACCCAAUACGCAUAAACAGAAGACAGUUCUGAAGUGUAACCUGUUAUUCAACUGUGUUUGAGUCAUCUUGUUUCUUUUUUAACAGUCCAAAUUACUAUGUAAUCUCCUUUUCCAUUGUUUCAGAAGUAUGGCUGUAGUGUGUGUGUGUGCAUAUGUGUGUGUGUGUUUUGCGUGACAGAUAGAAGGGCAGAAGUAUGGUCCGUAUUUUGCUCGUUGAUUCGGUGGAGCUUUUUGCCACUUUUGGUCCAAAUCUCUGUUUUUAAUAACAGAACAAAAGAAGAGCUAAAAAUGCAUUAUGUUUAAAAAAUGUGGAGUUAACCCCCCACAACCCCCCAUCAGCACCAGGGCUUUGGUAAUUUUAUAUUGACUGUGGCUUGGCAAGAGACAAGAAGAAGUGAGACGGGAAGAAAAGAACACAGAGAGCAUAUGGAUUUUAAUGUUAGGGUUUAUAUAUUUAUUCAUUUCUUAUUUUCUUAUUAUUGCUACGGGCAGCAUGAAGAACAGGGGAGUUUACUGAAGAAGUAUAAGUGGAGAAAUGAAAUGAAGUUUUAUGUCAUUUUUGUUACUGUUGAGUAUUUCCUUGUAUAUUUAAUGGACUGUUGCCCGUCUCUUAAUACCGUUGUAAUUUUAUUUUUUUAAACCUCCUUUCUCACUGGAAAAACCUUCAUAAACUUUAUUAAUAAAUGUACGUGUUUAAUCCCAGCGCCUCACCAGUGCAGUCUGCAGGGUUUGGAGGGUCUCUAUGCCCACCAUACACCGGAUUCAAGCUGUAUUUAAAUGCAUUUCUAGAACUGUACAAGUCCUGCAAUUUUAAAGAUAUCUUUAUACUGUGAUGUAAAAUAUUCCCUGGAUAUGUUCUGCUUUGAAGCCCUGCACCUUUCCCUUAAAGGCAGUUCACAAGACAUAUAGUUUUAACAGAGGAGGUGUGGUUGGUUGGAGGAAAGGAAAAAGUUUGUCAUUGUUUUCACUGCAAUUGCAGUUUGCCUCACAGGCAGCAGAAGACAAUCACGACAAUCACAAUUUGCUUCUUUAUCUGUUUAAUUGAAUCAUGUGUGUUGGAAAUAGAAAAACAUUUCGGACUACAAACAGCACAGCAGCCUUUUUUUAAACAAGUUCAUACUGAAUAUCAGUCCAUCAAAAUUCUUUUAUUUGUUGUGCCAAAUGUUUGGCCCAGUGACCUUUGACUAAUCCCAAAGAUUUGUAAAAUUGUAUAUUUUAAAUAAAAUGACACAAUUUCCUUUUUUUAAAGUAAUAAAAAUGUGGUUUUUGAUCUCAUCUGAAUACUGUUUUUUAAGUUGCCGACAUGGUCUGUAUCUUUUCUCUUCCUCCAGAUCCUGUAAGUUCAUUUGAGCAAAAUAUUUGACAAUAAAAACUAAUUGAGGAAAUCUGA